ACCUCCUCUUCCUCCCCCUGCUCCUCGCACCCCUCAGCCCCUACACUCCGUCCUUCCCCGUCGCUGGUUGUCACACAUUGUUUACUACGGCUUGAAAUGUGACUCACAACACAGGCUAUCUGCUGGAGUACCGCUCUGACAACUGAGGGAUUCUUUUGACGCGCACCGUGCGUCUUGGUAAUUUGGGGAAAGGCUGUGGAGACUACCCUUCUGCCAUGACAGUGGAUUUGUUUGCGCUUUUAUGCGUGCUGGUCAUCACAUCCUCUGCGAUGGAAGAGACCGUGAUGGACACUCGGGUGGCCACAGCUGAACUGGGCUGGACAGCAUAUCCAAAUUCUGGGUGGGAGGAAGUGAGUGGCUACGAUGAAAACCUCAACACAAUCAGGACCUACCAGGUGUGUAAUGUCUUCGAGCCUAGUCAAAAUAACUGGCUCCUCACCACCUUUAUUGAUCGCCGUGGAGCACAGCGCAUCUAUGUGGAGAUUCGAUUCACCGUGCGUGACUGCAGCUCCAUCCCAAACGUCCCUGGCUCAUGCAAGGAGACUUUUAAUCUCUAUUACUAUGAAUCUGAUGCUGUCAUUGCCACAAAAGGCACCGCCUUCUGGAUGGAGGCCCCUUACCUCAAGGUAGACACCAUUGCUGCAGAUGAAAGCUUCUCGCAGGUGGACUUUGGCGGACGCCUGAUGAAGGUCAACACAGAAGUGCGGAGCUUUGGCCCAUUGUCUAAAAAUGGCUUCUACCUGGCGUUUCAGGACUAUGGCGCUUGCAUGUCUCUGCUGUCAGUCAGAGUGUUUUAUAAGAAGUGCCCAAGUGUGGUCCAGAACUUUGCAAUCUUUCCAGAGACCAUGACAGGGGCUGAGAGCACCUCUCUGGUAAUUGCAAGAGGAAUCUGCAUUCCCAACUCAGAGGAAGUAGAUGUCCCUAUAAAGCUGUACUGCAAUGGAGACGGCGAGUGGAUGGUUCCUAUCGGUAGCUGCACAUGCAAGGCAGGGUUUGAACCUGACAACGGCAACGUCUGUCGAGCAUGCCCGCCGGGUACCUUCAAGUCAACCCAGGGUCCAGGUCUGUGUCUACAAUGCCCUCCCAACAGCCGCUCCACAGCUGAAGCCGCCACCAUCUGUGUGUGCCGCAACGGUUAUUACCGUGGUGAUGCUGAUCAGCCGGAUGAACCCUGCACGAGUGUCCCAUCAAGCCCAAGGAAUGUGAUCUCCAUUGUGAACGAAACCUCUGUAAUCCUGGAGUGGCAUUCUCCCAGGGAGACGGGCGGCCGUGAAGACGUCGUCUACAACAUAGUGUGCAAGAAGUGCCGGGCCGACCGGCGCUCUUGCUCCCACUGCGACGACAAUGUGGACUUCGUCCCUCGACAGCUGGGUCUGACUGACACCAGGGUGUUCAUCAGCAACCUGCUGGCUCACACCCUCUACAGCUUUGAGAUACAGGCUGUGAAUGGAGUCAGCAAUAAGAGCCCGUACCCUGCCCAGCAUGUUUCCAUAGACAUCACCACCAACCAGGCUGCUCCCUCAAUAGUCCCCAUCAUGCACCAGAUCAGCUCCACCAUGAAUAGCUUCACACUGUCAUGGCCACAACCAGAGCAGCCCAAUGGCAUCAUCCUGGACUACGAGCUGCGGUAUUACGAAAAGGACCAUGCAGAGAUUAACUCCACCAUCCUGCGGAGCCAAACUAACACUGCACGUGUGGAGGGCCUCAGGCCGGGUACAGUCUACGUCGUACAGGUGCGAGCACGGACCGUGGCUGGCUUUGGCAAAUACAGCAGCAAGAUGUGCUUCCAAACCCUCACAGAUGAUGACUUCAAGUCUGAGCUGAGGGAGCAGCUUCCUCUGAUUGCAGGGUCAGCGGCAGCAGGAGUGGUCUUUAUUGUUUCCCUUAUCGCUAUCUCCAUCGUUUGCAGCAGGAAAAGGGCAUACACCAAGGAGGCUGUGUACAGUGACAAGUUGCAACAUUACAGCACAGGAAGAGAACUCUCUUUGCGAGCCGACAUGUCUAACUGCCCCUCCCCACUGGGCUGCCCGACCCACUUCUCAGGCUCCCCGGGGAUGAAGAUCUACAUCGAUCCCUUUACCUACGAAGACCCCAACGAAGCUGUGAGAGAAUUUGCCAAAGAGAUUGACGUCUCCACCGUCAAAAUCGAAGAGGUCAUCGGUGCAGGUGAAUUUGGGGAGGUGUACAAGGGCCGUUUGAAGCUGCCUGGUAAGAGGGAGAUCUAUGUAGCCAUCAAGACCCUGAAGGCAGGCUACGUGGAUAAGCAGAGGCGGGACUUCCUGGCUGAAGCUUCAAUCAUGGGCCAGUUCGAUCAUCCCAACAUCAUCCGUCUGGAGGGUGUAGUCACAAAGAGCCGACCGGUCAUGAUAGUCACAGAGUUUAUGGAGAAUGGUGCCCUUGACUCAUUCCUCAGGCAAAAUGAUGGUCAGUUCACCGUGAUCCAGUUGGUAGGGAUGAUGCGUGGGAUCUCAGCUGGGAUGAAAUAUCUCUCCGAAAUGAACUACGUUCACCGUGACCUGGCUGCACGAAACAUUCUGGUCAACAGCAACCUGGUGUGUAAAGUGUCUGACUUCGGCCUGUCUCGCUACCUACAGGACGACACUUCUGAUCCCAGCUACACCAGUUCACUGGGUGGGAAGAUCCCAGUGAGGUGGACAGCACCAGAGGCCAUCGCUUACAGAAAGUUCACCUCAGCCAGUGACGUGUGGAGCUACGGCAUCGUCAUGUGGGAAGUGAUGUCAUUUGGAGAGAGGCCUUACUGGGACAUGUCCAAUCAGGACCAAGGCGUCACUACAGAAGAUGCACCUUUUUUCCAAGAAUUUGUGAUUAACGCAAUUGAACAGGACUACCGUCUUCCACCCCCUAUGGACUGCCCCAGUGCUCUGCACCAGUUGAUGCUGGACUGUUGGCAGAAGGACCGUAACGUACGACCCCGCUUCGCCGACAUCGUCAGCACCCUGGACAAGAUGAUCCGUAACCCCACCAGCCUCAAAGCUGUAGCCAACAUCCCUGCAGUGCCUUCGCAGCCACUGCUGGACAGAUCCAUACCUGACUUCAACACCUUCAGCUCAGUAGAGGACUGGCUCGGUGCCAUUAAGAUGAGCCAGUACAGAGACAACUUCCUCAACUCAGGCUUUACCUCCCUGCAGCUGGUGGCUCAAAUGACCUCAGAGGACUUGCUGAGAAUAGGAGUGACCCUGGCAGGCCAUCAGAAGAAGAUCCUCAGUAAUAUCCAGAUCAUGAGGGUGCAGAUGAGCCAGUCACCCACGACUAUGGCAUGACUACAGGGGGCGCUGUGCCAUGGAGCGGGCAGCAUUCGUAGGACCAACAGCAAUGGCAGCCCUCGAAUGACCCCCGAUCCAUCGGAACGCGCCAGAGUCGAGACUAUUGUCUUAAUCUAAUCCACUAACGUGACAACAGGAGACCAGGGUCCUCACCACCACAUGGUUAACAGCUAUCACCCUUCAUGUAAUCCACACCAGGAGUUCAGGGUCAAGACUUGUAACUGUUUCUCCAUUUAUCGAUGAAUGGAAGACAGAUAUCAGUUGCUGCGGUUAUGGACUGCCAUGCAUAUCAUUGUAAACCAAAAUAACUCCAACAACCCGACAUCGCCACGUGGAAUCUCUCACAAUUUCAGACCAUAUGGUAAAAUGAGUGAUAUUGUACUUCUAUAUUAUCUGGACUAGAAGAUGUUCAAAUUGUAAACAGAAGUGUGAGCCAUUUAGAAACAACGUGUGAACUGUGAUUUUACCGUCGUCAAUGUGUUCGAUGAAGAUGCCUUGACCUGGCCAGAAAUCAGUCCAAGAAGAAAAAGCAAUUACCAGUACGAAUAAUUAGAGGGAGAAGAAUACAGGGAUGUACAGUGGAGCGCCAUUUCCAACUUUCACAUCAUCCUUUGCUCGUUUGAGGAAUUUGAAAAUGGUAUCGUAAAUGGACUGGUGAACAUUAAGAGCCAGUUACAUUUUUGUCUUUUACCAUCUGUUUGUUUGUUUUCGUUUUUUUUAUCACUAUAGCAAGAUGCCGCUCACUCGUAUUUUAACUUUAACACUACCUGUGGAGUCCUGGGUGGAAGGCCUGCCAAAGGACUUCUCAACCAGCCCCACCCAGAUUCAGAGAAUAUAAAUAUGUUUAUCUCUUGCUAAAUAUGAUUAUAUCUUUCAUAAUAAACCUUCAUAUUGAAGGUGAUAUGUAUGAAUAUGUAUGUACAGAUCUCUCUGCUUGCAUUUUUGGCAAAGACAUGUUUGUUGACUAGAUUGUGAUAGACACAUGCAAUGUGUAGAUUCCCUACGGUGCCCUGGUUCCUUUACGAUGACCGAACAACAGACACUGGCUUGUACGGCCAUCCUGACUCAAUCUUAGCCUGAAGAAAAACACUAAAGGAACUGUGGGCAAAUAAUUGGUAUUGUAGAUCAAUAUGAAACAUUCUGUAGGAUUUAAAAUAAUUUACAAAAUAUCCAUUUAUUGGAGAUCAUGUUUAAUGUGGGUGUACACAUGCUGUCUCUUGCUGGUGAGCACUUACUUGUACAGAUAUGUUUUAUGUUUUUAUUUCUUUUUGUUCUGUUGUUGAUGUUUGUGUUGGGAGUGUACAGCCCCAUCCAGAGGGGAGGGAAAACCAAACCCACGCCUUGGCCGACCCAGAUCCAUGGUAAAUACCCACUAAUCACACAGGAAAAAACACUUCUUAACAUCAAAUUGCUCUGUUUCUGGUAGAUUUUAUUUCAGGCAAAUCCAGUUACUCCUUCUCAUGGGUGCUGCAGAUAUCUUGGUCAAGGCAACAUUCCCUGCAAGUUUGAAAUGCAUAAGAGUGUAGCUAAUCAUAGAACUGGAAAUUGGAGUGAAAGAGCAUCACUUCUCUUCACAGUAAAAUGAGCAUCUGGGCUGAGGUUUGCCAACAGACGCCUGAUGCCAUUCCUGUGAACACACAGGCUUAAACAGCCCACACGGGCACACUGCUCACAGUGUAGCAAAGCCUCCCAUACACUGCUGCAAGUACGCUGCUGAGUAAAUCUAUGCAUUCUCACUAUAUGCUGCUGCCAUAUGGGGUAGGCAGGUUGAGCACAAACGCUGUUGUGCCACAGAGAGUUUCAUAUAUCUCUCCAUAAGUCUUGGCUGCAGGACCUGGUGUAUGAAAAAUCACUCUUUGGUAGUAUCUGAUUGCAAGAUGUCUACAUUGUUCCCAGGGGAUGAGGGAUGGCUGUCUUUGGAAUUACACGGCAGUAUUUUUGGAAUAUAUUUUCAGCAUAGCUCUGGGUAGUGCACAAGGAUGAUUUCUCUUUUUUAAGGCUGUUGAUGGUCUUUUAUGAUUGCAGUGGGAUUGGUCGGUGCAAUGAGACAGUGUCAGGAAACCUUGGUGAUGAGUAGUAGAGGUUUGUUUCCCUUGAGGCUUGCUUGCUUCAGGCUUUGGGGACUUUUUGCCAUGUUUUAUAAAUCAAGUGUUAGCAAUAACAACACUUGCCUUUAGUAGUGAAAGCAAACUGACCUGAAGGUUCCUGUGGUAAUAUUCCUUUGACAUCCAGCCAUGGCAGACAAUUAUCAUGAUAUAUUGUAGUGUCACUUAUCUGCAUUAGCUGAGACCCUGCUGAAAUCCCUUUUGGCCCUAUUUGAAGAGACGUGAAUGAAUAUGGUUCUAACCACCUUGGUCCCAAAAUUAGAAAUUGAUGGCAGGCCCAUUAGCAGAUUAUUAAGUAUACUCACCACCCUCAAGUCAUCUUCCUCCCCCUCCUUCUCCCUCUGUCUGUCCUGCCCUCUCUGCCUGUCUACACCCCCUAGCUGGCACAACUCCAGCUUGUUUACCCUGGGUGUAACCAAGCUGUCCUGGCUGGGCUGGGCAGGGCUGGGCCAUGACUGCUCUGUCCUGAGAAAUGGUUAGCUCCAUGCUCCAGUGGGCCCAGGCAGGGGUGCAAACACCUGCUGAGACCCCCUUCUGAAAGGCAUCUGAUCAGCCAGCGGGGAGGAAGACUGAUGGGAACAACAAAAAACAAACACACACACACAUACACACACACUUAGGAACCCUCAAUUAUGUUAUACCCACAACUGUUUUCCAGCCUGAUGCUUAAUGAAGGGAAAGUGUGCAGGGCCCAGAGUGUGUGCAUAUGGGAGAUAGGGGGAUGAGUCAGUGUGCAGGAGGAAGGGGAUGGCAUAAAGAUAGGUUGUUAGAUGAAAGUCAGAAAGUAAGCUCAUUGAAGUAAAUCAGUUCCUUUCAUCUUGCAGUAUGGUUUAUGUGGCAACAUCUUUGUCCUUGUAUUAUGUUGAUUUCAUUGGUUUAGUUUGGUAAAGGAAAAUACUGUAAUCAAGCUGCUAGUUUGCCUAAUGGGCAAAAUCCAUUGCUUUCUCCUUUCAAUAGUGCAAGCCAUUGAUUUACCAACUAUUUCUGAAUAUGAUCAUAUGCUUCUUGAGAUUGGCAGAAAUCCCUUUAGCUGAAGCCAAUGAUUCAAUUUGAAUGCAUUAGUCCUCUAUUCAGCUCAGUCUCGUGUGUUUGCUUUUCAACCCAAGAGCCUGUGAAUGGGACGAUAGAAUGUAUUCAUUAUGAAACAGUGUAAUUCUCCAUUUGCUCUGUUUGUCUUUCUAAAUAUGUGACAGUAAUGACACUCCAAUAUGAUAAAUGGAAAGGGCGGGUCACCAUCCCUCUCUGAGAGUCGUUUCACAUGGAUGCCAUUCAUCACAGACUGAUACAAAACACAGGAACAGAGCUUGUUAAAACGUUUCACGGUGCUGUAACUGUCGAAGGAGGGACCAAUGAUCCUUUUAGUAGUGGAUUUCAUGCCUGUCAUUUACGGUAUAGGGUAGAGCAGUAGAGGCUGUGUUCACCUGAAAACAAUCUGACUCAACACCCUACAAAACGUAUAAAAAAACCCUGUUCUCUUUUUUCCCCUCUGUUUCAGACUGUGGACUCAAAGAUACACACACAUAUAAAAACAGCACACACAUACACUUCAUGUACACACUUUACACACACACCCUGAACACUUGCAAUUGCUUCGGUCAGCCAGGCAGGAAGAACAGGUGAAAUGGGACCUUUCCAGGAGACCAGUCACAACCUCCCCCUAUAGGUACACACUGGAUGGUGGAGCUGAAUAUGAGUGUGAAAAUGUCAUAGUUUGUUUAUGUGUGCGUGAGAGAGAGAGUGAACGUAUGUGUUUGUUUGUGAGUAACAGGCACAUUUGUGUAUACAGACAUUUAUGUGUGCACAGGUACGUUGUUUAAGAGCGUGAACAAUUAUUAUUUUUUUGUCUCUGUAUAGCUACCACUUGUAAAUUGUGACAAGUACGUGUCAAGAGUUUGUAAGCUGUAACUUUCUGAAAACUAUUGUACUAAAAUGCACUCAAUAAACGCCUUGGAAAACAAGUCAAUCACUUUA